GGGAAGGAGGGAAGGAGAGCAGUGUGGCAGUCAGCAUCUAUAUCACUUCGGGGCACUCUGAGUGAACAAGGGGAGGCGAGAGAUGAUCGGCAGCCUCUCUUCUGAACUCUCACAGGGCUGACUGGCCAUCAAACCACUGAUUAUCUCUGAUUGAUUAUCUCUGUUUCCUCCAACUCUCCAGCAACAUGAGCUCCUCAUCAGCCAACCUUCACAACAAACGUCUACCAUCGGAGACAGAGCGUGGCCAGAGGCUCCCAGAUGUGGAUGCAGCUCAACAGCUCAAGCUGAGAGAAAGACAGCAUUUCUUUGAGGAGGUCUUCCAGCAUGAUGUGGAUGUCUACCUUUCCUCAGCACACCUUUGUAUCAGAGACUACAAGAGACCUCCCAUCGGAUCCAUCUCAUCAAUGGAGGUGAAUGUGGACUUGCUGGACCAGAUGGAGUUGAUUGACAUCUCUGACCAGGAGGCUUUGGAUGUCUUCUUCUGCUCUGGGGGGGAAGAGGGAGUCCUAAACUCACCUCUGCCAGUUCAAGGAAACAACAACAACGAGGAAGUCAUCAGUAAUGGACUCUUUCGACAUGUCCUUGAAGGUCUUGACACCAAGUCACGCCUGUCCUCCACAUCUUCAAACUCCUCCUCUGACAGCCAGACCACCAAUGCCAAUGGAAGAGACACCCCUGUAGUCGGGUCAGACGAUGAAGAAACAUACACCAGCACAGUCAAGCGGAGAGCUGCGCCCCCAGAGAUAGAGAAGGGGAAAAAUCUGACUCCAUCAUCGUCUUCGUAGGAAUCACACUCCCCACAAUAGACCUCCACCUGCAGCACAGUAGUCAACACCUUGGCUGGGAGUGAAGACUCAACUUUCAGAUGUGAGCUAUUGAAAGUGCAGCUGUCUUCCACAUACUGGCUCAUAUCACGCUUCAACCGUUCCUUUGAUUUAAGGGGUUGUAGGUUGGGUUCUGUGUGUGUUUUGGAGAUGGGGACCAUGAACUGUAAAUAUGGAGAUUUCCUUUUAAUUCUCACCAAUUUCAAUCCCUCUUUUGGCAUGUUUCAGAGGACAAGAUCUAUUCCCCUGUUUCUGACCUCACCGGACUUGUAGUUGAUGUAUGAUGAUGAUGAUGUUUCUAAAUUUUGUACAGUAUUAACACAACCCAGGACAGUGCAACAAUGACAGGAAUUAAACAUAAUCAUUGAAUGAUGUAUGACUUUGGGUAAAUUUAGUUCUUAUCAUUAAAUGUACUGUUUUUGGGGACAA